CACAUUCUGAAGCCUAACACAGAGGAACCUCACAUCUCAGCACCAUGUACCGGACUAGCAUUCUUCUUUGCUGCCUUAUCAUUCUGACUCUAAAUGGGAUUCAAGGAAUUCCUCUCUCUAGAACGAUACGCUGCAGCUGCAUCAAGAUCAGCAGUCGACCUGUUACUCCAAAGUCCUUAGACAAACUUGAAAUUAUUCCUAAAAGUAAAUCUUGUGAACAAGUUGAGGUCAUUGCUACUAUGAAAAAUGGAGAAAAAAUAUGCUUGAACCCAGAAUCCAAGGCCAUCAAGAAAUUACUGAAAAAUGUUACCAAAGAAAGGUAA